UUCCCCUCCCUGCGUCCAGACAGGGCCAGCGGCUGAGCUGAGAACCCAGCUUCCAGCCCCGAGCGACCAGCUCAGCAUGGUGCUAACUCUCCUACUGCCUCUGCUGGCCUCUCUCCAGAUGCUCCCCAGGCCGGUGUCCCCUCAAGUCCCCGACCUGGCUCCCCAGCUCACCGUGUCCCCAGAGCAUCUUGUCUAUAUAACUGGAGAAGCUGUGACCCUGACGUGCUCAGUGUCCAGGACGUCCAUUGUGUCCGGGGUCCGGUUCUUCAGAGAUGAUCAGGAAAUUCAACGGGAGGAACUCCCCUCACCCCAGUACAGUUACACCACUUCUAUUCAGCUUUCGGGAGUGUCUGGAUUGCGAGCUGAAGUGUACAGCUGUGAAUCCUGGAAGACAGAGUCUGGGCGAGAAAUCGCAUCGGAGAGGAGCCAACCUAUCUCCAUAGCAUUGACAGACCCCCUCCCGGCUCCCCAGCUCACCGUGUCCCCGCAGCAGCCUGUCUACAUAACUGGAGAAGCUGUGACCCUGACGUGCUCAGUGUCUAGGACGUCCAUUGUGUCCGGGGUCCGGUUCUUCAGAGAUGAUCAGGAAAUUCAACGGGAGGAACUCCCCUCACCCCAGUACAGUUACACCACUUCUAUUCAGCUUUCGGGAGUGUCUGGAUUGCGAGCUGAAGUGUACACCUGUGAAUACUGGAAGACAGAGUCUGGGCGAGAAAUCACAUCGGAGAGGAGCCAACCUAUCUCCAUAGCAUUGACAGACCCCGUCCCAUCUCCUCAGCUCACCAUGUCCCCAAAGCAGCCUGUCUACGUAACCAGAGAAGAUGUGACCCUGACGUGCUCAGCUACAGGGGCGCCCACCGUGUCCGGGGUCAAGUUCUUCAGAGACAAGCAGGAAAUCCAAUCCAAGAAACUCCCCUCACCUCAGUACAGAUACACCGACUCUAUUAAGCUGUCACGGGUGUCUAAAGCGGAAGCCGGCGUGUACAGCUGUGAAUCCUGGAAGACAGAGUCUGGGCGAGAAAUCGCAUCGGAGAGGAGCCAAUCGAUCUCCAUAGCAGUGACAGACCCCCUCCCAGCUCCCCAUCUCACCAAGUCCCCACAGCAGCCUGUCUACAUAACUGGAGAAGCUGUGACCCUGACGUGCUCAGCUGCCAGGGCACCGACCGUGUUUAGGGUCCGUUUCUUCAGAGACUACCAGAUAAUCCACUUCAAGGAACUACCCUCACCUCAGUACAGUUACACUGACUUUAUUGGAUUGUCGGGGGAGUCUGGAUUGCGAGCUGGAAAGUACAGCUGUGAAUUCUGGCAGACAGUGUCUGGGCGAGAAAUCCCAUCGAAGAGGAGCCAAACCAUCUCCAUCUCAGUGACAGAUCCCCCUCCCCAGCCUUUGUUGAGCAUGGAUCCCCCAUCUGGAGUGGUGAGCGAAGGGCUCCCCCUGCACAUCACCUGCACGGCCCCCUGGGAUGCUGGUCAGCGGAGGUUUCACUUCUACAAGGACAGUGUCAAUCUCGUUCCUGGGGAUGCAGGGUCUGACGUCAGCACCACAGAGUCUGGCACCAACUCUGUGAACAUCUCUGUGCUCAGCAUCCCUCAGGCUGGUCCCAACAACACUGGGGAAUUUACUUGCGGGUACGAGAAGAAUGUGGAUGGGAGGUGGAUCCCAUCUCCCAGGAGCCGGGCCGUGACUGUCACUGUGACAGCAUUAACAGCCUCACACUAUACCCGUGAUAUUCUGCUGAGAACUGGUGGUGUCUUGCUUCUGGGUGGAGCCCUGGCUGCUCUCAUCUGCUAUUGCCAUAGGAAGAAAAGAGUUCCAAAGCCUCUGAGAAGCACCAAGGGAUCUGAGCCCAGAGAACACACCAGGAACCUGGAUCCUGGUUGCGAUAAUAAGGGAUCAAAAGCCACAGGUGCCGGAGGAGAGCGGAUGGAACAGGGCUCAGAAGUCGCCUACGUGCUCAUAGAAUUCCCGGCCUCACAGGCCCACAGGACCCAGAAGACAAAAAAACCAAAACCUGCUGAAGCUGAGCAUGUGCUGUAUAGCGAGGUGGUGACAACGCCCACCUGGAAGGCAACUAAAUAAGGAGGGGAAACCCUCUGUAUGUCUCUCUGCAUCUUCUCCCCCUCCUCCAGGCAUCCAUAUCCUUAACCCUUUAUGCCCCAAGAGGCCUUUUAUGCCUCUUGGGGAUGGGCACACCCAAAACACCAUUGAUAGAAUAUUUAGCCAACCAGCAUCUUGUCAGGUAUCAUGUAAAAACUGGUAACCCAUUGGUCAUGAACACCACUGUGUGGUGUAUGCGCAGAUUGUGUAGAAAGAGUUAUGUCUGUAUGCUGGAAAUAUGCUCUGGAGGUAGUUGAUAAAGAAGCCGGCCCUAGACAAAGGAAUGUGGAUUCAUGCGUCUGCGUGAAUCAGGAUAACUGGCGGAUGAGAAAAACAGCCUGGCUUGCGUGCUGCUGGCCGGUCUGUGCCCACUCUUACCCAGGCUGCAGGCAUUAGCUGAGAACUUACAACCUCACAGCUGGAGACCAGACCAGGUCACCUGUGUGUUAGAUUUGCUCUAAAGAGGUAUUAGUCUUAUAAGAAUGUCUUUCAUGUUUAGACUCUCUGAAUUGCUUGUAUGUUGCUGCCUGCAUUAAUCUCACUGAUAACAUCAAUAUCCCGUGUUAUAAGUGUUUGCUCUGAAACUGUAAACGCCCACAGUGCAGAGAGAAACAAGACCAAGUGUGAAAUACGAGUUUGCCACAAGAGGGGUUAUUUCCUGCCCAGCAAAAGCAGACACCUGACAAACCAUUGUGGGACAUCAGAGGACAAAACCCUUUGUUGAUUGCGUCUCCCCAUCCAUAUAGAGGCAACGUGGAUGGGAACUUGUCCCCUGCUCUUGAACUCUGGGGGAAGGGAAUAAAAAUCCCUAAGAAGAAAUUGCGUCAUUUUGGCUGUCUGAACUCAGAAGGGCCAGAGACUCUGAACUGUAGCCAGAGAUCUCCAGGGGCUGCCUCUGAUGUCUGUCCUGAAAGACUCUUUGAAUUCACAGAUCACUAAAAAUCUAUCACUCUUCAGAUUUACAUGGUGACUCAUUGGCGUGUGUCUAUUUGAUUGCUUUUACCUGCAGGUAACUCUCUUAUUCCUUUUUCCUA